GGACAUCAUCAUGAUACCUCUUUACGUCCGAGUUUCGGGUGCGUGGUACAUGGAGAUCUUCGACCUUGUCCUCAGCAGAGGGUGUCUGUAGCUCAUGCAGCAUGUUUGACAAAGUGUCUUGUGCAUAGCUACGCGUCGGUGACUUGUAUGUGUCACUGCAUUUUUACUUAUGUCUGAUGUAACUUUAACUGAGCCCAUGAACCCUGUACGUUGCAGGGCCUUGUUCGGCUGAAAUAUACCUUUUCAUCCAUGCCCCACCUGAAUGAUGCCAGCCUUCGACGUCGGUUUCACUCCUUCACACGACUCUCCCGUCACCGUCAACUGCCCAGCCCAUAUCCACAGGCUACCAGUGGAACUUCUCCAGCACGUAUUCUUGCUCAUCGUCAACACCGCGGAUUAUCCUAAUGUCUUCUCAUAUGGAGAUACAACCAUGUCCGCCAAUGUUGACAGUCCUCCCCUAGUCUUCACCCGCGUGUGUCACUUCUGGCGAGUCGUUGCACAUUCAACGACAGCAGUCUGGUCACGUAUUCAGGUCUCCCUUCCGGGGCGAACCGAACCAUUGAAACCGUUUCUUCCAUCUCUCCUCCAGUCGUGGCUCGCACGCUCUGGCAAUCAGCCCCUCACCCUCCGCAUCACAUCCGGACAGCUCCCCGUACGCGUCUCACGCCGCUGCACCCGACAGAAGUCCCUUGAACCCUCACAAGCAGAUUCUCAACUGCUCCAGAUCCUUCUUUCCGAGAGCAAGCGUUGGGAAUCCGUGGCUCUCGCAUCCGCAUCAGACUGGAAUCGUGAUUUCGACACACCCCAGUUGAGGUCCUUGCAGUGUUGCUGGUCAGAACUCAGCAGUUUCAACGCACCAAACCUCACUCACCUACACAUCACUUAUCGCUGGUCUCUUACCAUGCGAUUCAGACAUGUUCCUACCUGCGACAACGUACGCCAUCUCCGAGUCGAGAACGCUUCUGCCCGCGUCAUACGUUCCGCUUUCCUCAUGUUCCCUCGUCUAGAAUCCAUCAAGGUGGACCUAAUUUUAUCAGAUAUCAGCCAUCCAAAUAAUUCAAUCACCCAUCAUUGCCUCGAAUCGAUCACUUUUCCCAUCCCUUCGGAUCCUUUUCAACAACGCGAAGUUCUCAAAAUAUUUGGAGAACUUCGUCUCCCCGUGUUACGCAAAUUAACGCUCGCGGCAGAUCCGGAAGAAUCGGAAAUUGCUUGUAUUAUGGCGGCGCUGCAAAUCGCGUCUUGUGACGUACGGGUGGUAGACUUUCAGACGACUAUAUCCCUGAGCGAAGUUGACGUAGAUGUCGUUGAGCCGUUGUUCUCGGUGGUGAGGAAGGUUACUGUUCGGGGAGAGGUACUCCGCCGUCUUGUUAGGAAGUAGUACGUUACAGUAGCGAUUCUCGGUAUAUAAUAUGCAUCUGUGUGGAGAUAUUACAAGUGGGUGGGGUCAGCGUAAAAACAUUGUCCGUCAUGAAAUCCCGGAAGGGUUAAGUAAUACGAAAGUUCCUGGACCGGCCAUUACGUAGCAUAUAGCCGUGGGGGACCGUGCGGUUCAGAAGUACUUGGAAAGGAUGCACGAAGGGAACUACCAAACUACACCAAGCGGACAAAGGGCUUGAG